AUGGCGUUUGACCUACAAAACGGCAGUGCUGCGACUGCGCAACACGCCAUCCGGCCAGAGCCGCUUGCUCUUUUCUCUCAUGAGCCUCUUCCAUCCGGCCUCAUCACACGGAUCGAUAACGACAGCGACAGUGGGUUCUAUGGCCCACUCGAUGUGUCCUCGCUUGCGACGCGGGCAGCGUCAGCCAUCGCCAAUAACUCAAAUGCCGAUGAAAGUCUUCUUCGGGAGACCCUACUCAAGUUUCUGACGCUCGCUCAAAAUGAUAGCAUGCCUGACGCUACACACUCCUGUUGGCUUUGCAUCCGCAUGACGCUCCCUACACCUGUCUGGACCAUUCCCAGAUGGCACAUGGACGGGCGCAUGUACGACUGCAGCUGUCCCUCGCCCCAACUUCCACAUUCAAAGUAUGCCUUCACCAUCCUCGGACCAUCGACGAGGGCCAUGGUAACGAAUCCUGCCGUGCACGCCGCUCUCAUGACGCCCUUGUCAACGGGUCAAUGUGCAGACCUGAGCGAACCCAACGCUGAGCUCGCAGUAAUCUUGGCGAAAUACCAAGCAGCCACUGUCGAACCGGGCCAGAUUAUCCGCUUCAGCUGGGGCGAGCCCGAUUCGCCCGUGCACUCAGAGCCGGAUUCGAGCUCCUCGAUGCGCGUCUUUAUCAGCAUCCUACUAGGAAGAGAGAAAGAGUUGCGCGACAUGUGCGACUUGAGAGGGCAAGAGUACGGAGUUUGGUAUAACGACUAG